AUGCUGGUGCUGAAGCCAGACGGUGACCAUUACAAAAGAGUGGGGAUUUUGAACUUUCGCAAUAUUGGCGUGCACAAGGAUCGAAGGGAUUUCACGGAGUCCAAGAGUCUUAUCAAGGGGGAGAAUGGGUGUUUUUGGAUGAAGGAUUUCAAGCAAAAGGGUGUUGAAGUGGAGUAA